CAUAUCUCUUCAUGGAAUGAGAAAUUUCCCCAGGGAAAUAUCAACAACUUACUCUUAGCUGUCUAGUUCUUCAUUCUUUCUUUCUCUUUUAAAUUUCAAUUUAAUCUUCUGGAGAAAUGUCCUUGACAAUAAGAGGAAGUGUGAGAGCAAGAAGGCAACCCUCUUGCAGAGGGAUUUUUUGUCGGAUGGUAUGCCUUCCCAGAAGCAUAAUAGGGGGGUUUUCAAGAGUAAUGGGUAGAAGAAACCAAUACCAGCCACCGAACUUACAGCUGCAACAUCCACAACUACAGCAGCCCCAAGCUGCUCCGGAAGAGUGGGCUUUUCUGGCCAGUUUUGAACAGCAAUAUGGUACCACACAUCCAUUUUUCUAUGCCUGUAGUUUUAUGCAGGCUCUAAAGAUAGCAGAGGAUGAGCACAAGUUCAUGUUCAUGUAUCUCCACUCUCCAGAAUACCCCUCCACUUCUUCUUUUUGUUCGGGGAAUUUGUGUUCAGAGCUGGUAGUACAGUUUCUUGAUGCAAACUUUGUGUGCUGGGGAGCAUUCGCAGAUAGAGGAGAGGGUUUACAAAUGGCAGCAACUCUGCUGCCUGCUAGCUUCCCCUUCUGUGCAGUGAUUGCCCCUGCUACCUGUAACAACAUAGUAGUGCUGCAACAGAUGGAGGGUCCAAUUGAUCCAGCUGAGCUGGUGGAGAUUUUACAGAGGACAAUGGAAGAGCAAGGGUCGGCUUUUGGCAGUGCAAGAGGAAGGGAGGAAGAACAGAUGAGAGCAAGGAUUAAGGAGGAGGAAAGGAUAAGAGCCAGAGCUAUGGAGGAAGAAAAGUUAAGGGCAGAUCGUCAGUUGAGAGAAGAACAAGAUGCUGCAUAUUUUGCUGCUUUACAGAUAGACCAGGAAAAAGAAAAGCUCAGGAAUGCAAGAGCUCAAAAACCAGAGAAACAUCUAGGUAAAUCAAGGCAGGCUUCAUCUAUUAGAGAAGCCCGGUUCAAAGAAACAGUUGGUCAAGGGAAGGAUACACAGGCUACUCAGAUAUUGAUUCGGUUUCCAAGUGGUGAAAGAAGAGAGCACAGCUUUUGUUGCACAGAUAAGAUCCUCUCAAUUUACAUAUACAUAGAUUCAUUAGGACUACCAGGAAUUGGAAACUACAGACUAAUAUCAAGCUUCCCAAGAAGAGUAUAUGGUGUUGAUCAAAUGGGAAUCACUUUGAAAGAUUCUGGUCUUCAUCCUAGAGCAAGCCUGUUCGUGGAGCUUCUUUGAUAACACUGAACUAAUUAAUGAAUAAUGAUGGUGCACGAAAGCUUUAUGCACCAUAACACGGACAGCAAACAUACAAAUGUGGAAAUUACUACUAGAUGUCGCCUAAUUCAAUAUGUAUUGAUCAUGUUAUCCAAUCCAUGUAUUAUGCAUCAUACUUGCUUCACCAUAAUCUCAUCUCAUGAAUAAUAGCUUAUCAAAGCUAAGACUUUUGUUAGGAGAGAAAAGAAAAAAAAAAAUGGA